GGCGCUUUCCUACGUUCUGCGCGCUUCCCGGUGUGGAACGCACAGGCAGCGUGCUCUGAGUGCUUGCGGGAAGGGGUGCGCGUGUGAGCUUGGCCGGCCGCGGCCUGAGCCUCUGGGGCGGCAGAUUUGGCCUUUUCCUGCUGGUGUAAGAGCUCGCGGCGGGCAGCGCCGCGCUUCGGCCCGGCCUCACCAUGUUGGUGCUGUUUGAAACGUCCGUGGGCUACGCCAUCUUUAAGGUACUGAAUGAAAAGAAACUUCAAGAAGUUGAUAGUUUGUGGAAAGAAUUUGAGACACCAGAGAAAGCAAAUAAAAUAGUAAAACUAAAACACUUUGAGAAAUUUCAGGAUACAGCAGAAGCCCUAGCAGGCACUUUUGACAGAACCAAUCCAAGUAGUUGCAAAUAUCACAGCAGGCAUGUAAAGCAGGCAUGUCGCUUAAGAAAGAGUGAUGGGGAAAAGCUGAAUCUCAGUUGUAUCCACAGUCCUGUUGUCAAUGAACUUAUGAGAGGAAUACGUUCACAGAUGGACGGAUUAAUACCUGGGGUAGAACCACGAGAAAUGGCUGCAAUGUGUCUUGGAUUGGCACACAGAUUCCUUUAUGCCAUAAUUGCAAUUCUAGCUUUAUUGGAUGACUUAGAUAAAGAACUAAACAACUACAUUAUGCGGUGUAGAGAAUGGUAUGGAUGGCAUUUCCCUGAAUUAGGAAAAAUUAUUUCAGAUAAUUUGACAUAUUGCAAGUGUUUACAGAAAGUUGGCGAUAGGAAGAAUUAUGCCUCUGCCACACUUUCUGAAUUACUGCCAGAAGAAGUUGAAGCAGAAGUGAAAGCAGCAGCAGAGAUAUCUAUGGGGACAGAAGUUUCAGAAGAAGAUAUUUGCAACAUUCUACAUCUGUGCACUCAGGUGAUUGAAAUCUCAGAAUAUAGGACCCAGCUCUACGAAUAUCUCCAAAAUCGAAUGAUGGCCAUUGCACCCAAUGUUACAGUCAUGGUUGGGGAAUUAGUUGGUGCACGGCUUAUUGCUCAUGCAGGUUCACUUUUAAAUUUGGCCAAACAUGCAGCUUCUACAGUUCAGAUCCUUGGAGCAGAAAAGGCACUCUUCAGAGCCCUCAAGUCUAGAAGAGAUACUCCUAAAUAUGGCCUCAUUUAUCAUGCGUCACUUGUAGGUCAGACAAGUCCCAAACACAAAGGAAAGAUUUCUCGAAUGUUGGCAGCCAAAACUGUUUUGGCUAUCCGGUAUGAUGCUUUUGGGGAGGAUUCCAGCUCUGCUAUGGGAGUUGAGAAUAGAGCCAAAUUAGAGGCCAGGUUGAGGACCUUGGAAGAUAGAGGGAUAAGGAAAAUAAGUGGAACAGGAAAAGCAUUAGCAAAAGCAGAAAAAUAUGAACAUAAAAGUGAAGUGAAAACGUAUGAUCCUUCUGUUGACUCUACACUGCCAACCUGCUCUAAAAAACGAAAGUUAGAACAGGUAGAUAAAGAGGAUGAAGUUACUGAAAAGAAAGCCAAAAAAGCCAAGGUUAAAAUUAAAGUUGAAGAAGAAGAAGAAGUUCUAGUGGUGGAAGAACAGGAGACAUCUGUAAAGAAGAAGAAGAAAAAGGAUAAAAAGAAACACAUUAAGGAAGAACCACUAUCUGAGGAGGAGCCUUGUACCAGCACAGCAAUUUCUAGUCCAGAAAAGAAGAAGAAGAAGAAGAAGAAGAGAGAUACUGAGGACUAAUGGAAGGGGGGAUACCAUAAUUGAAUCACCUGGAUACAUCAUGUUUAAAAUUCAGUCACGAAUGCCAGUGGUGCUCUCUAAAAUAACUUCAGAGGCAGUUGGAUGAAGCAAAGUGAUUUAUCAUCUACAACUUUUCAGACCUGUUUGUGUCUUGGCAUAAACUGUGUUAACUUUAUUAUGUCGUCAUUUCUCAGAGUCUUUGUUAUACAAAUAAAAGUAUUUUGUUUGUAUUUUAAGACAGUUCUGUGAUCUCUUUAUAUUAGGUAGCAAUUCUUUGUCCCUUUUCUAUAUUUAAAUUUGAAGUUACAGUUUUGGAUAUUACUGAAAAGAGUUGUGAAUUGUUAAUUUGAAAUAGCCUUUUGGAAGGUAGUGAGUAGAUGGACCAAUUAAAGAACCCACUCUUAGAUGUUUCUCUUGCCUUUUGGAACUCUUAAAUUUCUUUCUUACCUAUUUAAAGCUGUGUUUUGUGUUCAAAAGUAUUGGGUUGUCAGAAAAGUUGUUAGGCAUUUUUGUAUAGAAGACAGAAAAAACAUUUCAGGAUUUCCCGACAAUCCAUUAAAUUAGCAAAACUUCAGUAGCUCUACAGAAAGAAAAGAAAAUGUGUCCCUAAAAGUUGUUUGUUCACAAUUCUGAAAGGUAUAGCAAAAUAAUCUAGCUCUUGAUCUGUAGCCAAUGUGACUUAAUGUAAAGAAUGGCAGGAUAAGGGAAAACAGCAUGAGAAAAGUCAGUGUCCACAAGGAUUUAAAACAGGACAUGGAACACAAUAGGGAAAUCUUUAUUUUCUAGUACAGUAUUUAAAGUGAACAGCAAUUUAGUUGACAUCCACGUAGUCACAGCAUCUACCAGUUUCCGAGGAGCUACUGUCUUGCUUCUCGUGUAUUUCAUUGCUGUUUUGCUAACAUCCAGUUGAAUAAAGGCAUUCAGUGGAUGAGAAGCUAGGGUGAUAAUAACUUUAAUGAUACUUUGCUUUUCAUGUAACCAUGGGUAAAUCAAAACUCUCCAGUUCCUCAUUUGUAAAUUAGAGAUAAUAGUCAACUUUAACAGUGGUUUGUAGAAAAUGAAAUGUUUGAAAUUUUCAGAGGUGUAAGUAUAUUUCAGAUCUUCUUAUUUUAAUUGAAGUAAAUGCUGCAUGAAGUACACAUGACCAACUCUAGAUAAAAGUCUAUAAUAAAGCUGGUUAUUUUCCU